ACACAUAUAUUUAACUACCGGCUAAUCUCUCUCUCUCUCUCUCUCUCUCUCUCAGAUUCUGUGGAGAAGCCAUGGCUUCUUAUGCUAGUAUUAGGCAAGUCCUCCAGCCCAAAUGUACUAAAUAUUCUCAAUUUCAAUUGAGCCCAUCUUGGGUUGUUCCUUGCUCACUUGUAUUCAAGACCAAGUACAUCAGUCGCUUCUCCAGGCUACAUGAAUUUUCCGGCCACCGGAAUCUGACAGCUGCCUCAAAGGCAACUUCAGGAAAUGGUGCCAAGGAAGAUGAGGAUGGAGUGUCUUUGGGGACCAUGAAAUUGCCAUUAAACACUGACAUUCCUAGAUUUGAAAGCUUGCUUUUCCAGUGGGCAAACAGUCUUUGCCAAGGAGCUACUUUGCCACUUCCUAUGCCUUUGAAGGUUGACAAAAUCCCAGGUGGAGCUAGACUGGGUUUCAUCACUAUUGGUGAUGGAGAGACUGAAGUACUUGUCUACAUAGACUGCUUAGUUUUUCCGGCAACUGAUGGUUCUGGUCCGGUUUUCCGAGCAAUAAGGAAUGGAUCCUUGAAAGAUCAGCCACCUCCCGGAGAGCCACGCAUAAUGAGAAGCCUGCUACUAGCCCUCAAAAAGUCGGCCGAAAUAGCGAGAGUUUGAAUGAGAAUGAGUGUUUCCUUUGAGUUGUAAAUUGUAAUAAUAUAUUUUUCUUUCAAUGUCCUUGUGAUCAAUAUAUGUCGUUAUAAACAAAAAUUUAAUAUUUAGCAAAGAGAUCAAUGUCCUGAUCUAGUGAUCUAGUGUGUUA